CCGUUUGCCUGUCGGUUGAAGGAAGAGAGGGAGAGAGACAGCUAGAGAUAAGAAAGAGAAAGAAGAGAGAGAGAGAGGGGCGGGGCGAAUUCUUCUGCCUUCCUUCCUCCUUCGUCUGGCCUCCUGUCCUCUGCUUCUGAGGUGGAGACGAUUUACCUAUCCUUUCCUAGAUGAUUCCUUCGCGGGCUUCCUCGGAACUUCCACGGUCUUUGUAAGUGGCACUUCUUUAAGAGGCAGUUCUCGUAAAGGUCUCUCUCUCUCUCUCCCUCUCUCUGUGUGUGCGAAGGAGAUCUUUUUCGGUUGGGGAUUGCCUAGAUAUGCGUUUGUCGUUUGGCAGUUUGCUGGUGUCGUUUCGCAUCAGAAAUCCGGCGGAGAAAAGAGAGCAUGAUAAUCGGCCGGCUGGGGACCCUCGGCCUUCAUUUGGGUGAUUGGUUGCUUGUACAACGGAUAGAGUUUGGUUGAAGGAUUCAAGAGCAGGUUUCUUGGUUUGACUGCGGUGUUAUGAAAGCGCCUUUGGCAUUUCCAGGAAGUUUGGAGAUACCAUGUCGGAUGUCGUAGCUCGGACAGGACGCCACCAUCAACGUUACGAGAAUGAGUACCGGCUCGUCGCAGGGUGCAUACCCUAUAAACUAAAGAACGACGUUGAACAAAUUUGUACCUUGGAAGAUGCACUAGAGGUUCUCAUGGUUUCAACACCAGACAGGGACGACCUCGUGUUUCCAAAGGGUGGGUGGGAAGAUGAUGAGUCUGUAGAGGAAGCUGCAUGUCGUGAGGCCCUAGAGGAGGCAGGAGUAAAAGGCGAUAUUGAUAAAAAACUAGGAACAUGGGAAUUUCAGAGCAAACGCAGGCAGAAUAGCAGCAGCCUAGAAGGAAUAUGCAGAGGUUAUAUGUUCACAAUGAGGGUUACGGAAGAACUAGAUUCCUGGCCAGAACAAACUACCCAUGGAAGACGAUGGGUAAUGGUGAGGGAUGCAUUCGAACUUUGCCGCUAUCCUUGGAUGCGUGAAGCACUGGAAAAGUGCUUGAGAGUUCUUGCGGAAGAUUAUCAACCUCAACUGGCAGAACUGACAGAGGAUAUUCUGGUUGCUUCAACCAUUAAAGAGGGAAACUUGCAUUCUACUCGGUCGGAAAUCACUCCUAAGAAACCUUCAAAUGCGACCAUAGAUCGAGCAUCCCACACAGCGGCUUCUGAGGUCACGGAACUUUCUGUGCGUUCUCCAAGUUGUUUCAUGGAGCCCUCAACAUCCAGUGCUUCAACAGCGGCUGUAAAUGCACUAUGUUAAGAAUGAAAAGUCUAAUGUUGCAACUUUGUCUCUUGACUUUUUCACAAAAUUAUCGAAAAUACAAGUUCUGGCUGGCCAAUUAGGCCGGUGGCAGUAUGGAGAACCUUACUGCUACCAGUGCACGUUCAAAAUCUAACAAGAGGAAAAGGCUGCGUUACCAUGGCAGCCUAGAAUCCAAGCGUUGUGCAGCUGCUGCAGUCUUCUAAGAAAUUUUUUCCUUCUCCAAAAGGUUCUAUAGAUACACGUUUGAGCAGGAGGAUUCUUGAUCUUCGUAGUCCAUGUAACAAAAUUUCUCAUAUUUCCGAGGGUUAUGAGCCAAUAGUUGAACCUUCUGAUCCAUCCAUCCAUUUGUUCAUCUGUUGGUCUAUCUCGACAAGGAUUUAGUUAAAAUAAUUGAUCAAAUUAUAAAUUACAGAGUCUGAAGUUGAUGGUCGAACUUGUGUAUUCACUUCUUACAUGCAGCCUUAUAUUGCUGUGUGGUAGUUCUGUAUUGAAAUUGAUAGUGACAAAUGAAAUGGACAGGCUUCUGAAUUA